AUGCUGAGCUGCCGCGCCUGUUCCCGGCGAUAUGUACAGGCUCUCGACGUGCUGAAUGCCCGUGUUCUUCCCCGCCCUCGCGGUCAAGCUGGCAGGCCAACCGUAGCCCACAAUGGACUCAGACUUCUCUCUACAGGCCAAGGCGGCCGCAACCAUGUAGACGACGCCGAAGAUGAUGGACCACGGCCCAAAGAGGACCGAUGGAAGGGAUCAAACGUUGCUGCCAACAUAGCGAGAAGGGAGCAUGCCGCACUCAGGAAGUCGACCCAGCGACUUACACGAGACGAGACGCCCAACCUUGCGAGGCUGGGUCCCCGCGAUCCGCGCAUACCAGAGAAAGACUGGAAUCGGAGGAAGAGGGAACUGCGAUAUCUGCAGGACCCUCUGGAGUUGGCCACAUUUGUUUCCAAGGAACUGCGCAAAGAUCGAGUCGAGGAGAUGUUGCAGCUGGUCAUCAUGGCGAGCCAUUCCAUGGAGUGCAUUGUGAGCUGGAAUCACAUUAUCGACUAUUACCUCAGCAAAGAGAGGAUCAAAGACGCGAUCAAGGUGUAUAAUGACAUGAAGAAGCGUGCACAAUUUCCAGAUGCCUACACUUACACCAUCCUUCUGCGAGGACUCUCCGAAAAUGCACACUUGUCUGGUGCUCUCAGCAAUGCCCUUUCCAUAUACCACUCGCUCUUCGCGCCCAAUUCACGAGUCCAGCCUUCAAUUAUACACACAAAUGCUGCCCUACGAGUAUGCGCAAGAGCGCUUGAUAUGGAUGCGCUGUGGGGCAUUGCAGGCAAAAUACCUGAAAAUGGUCCUGCGGCGGCAAACGCAAAGACAUAUGACACCAUCAUCAACGCUCUCAGGCAGAGUCUGUUGCUCAAUGGACCCAAAGGCGAGACAGCAGAGCAAGCCGCGACCAGGAAAGACCGUGGGAUUGUCGAGGCGCGCCGGCUGUGGGAGGGCAUCGUAAGUCGAUGGAGACGCGCCGAGUUGAUCAUUGAUGAGCAGCUCGUUUGUGCCAUGGGCCGUCUGCUGCUUGCUGGUAGCCGACCACGAGACUGGGAUGACGUUCUGUCGCUCGUUGAACAGACCAUGGAUAUUCCACGUUUCGUGCCGCGACUGGGAACGGAAGAACGAAAAUUUGCAGGAAUCCCACGCCUUCGAGCACCCAAUGUGCCUAGCGAGCUCCGGUUUGAUGAUGAUCAUCUUUCGCCCGAUAGCAAGGGGAUGCGAGGUGACGAGUUUCUCGCAAUCCAGCCGGAAGGUUUGAGUGGAAUAGUACCGAAUUCCUUGUCAUACGUCCGACCAGGCAAUCAAACCCUUACCCUUGUUCAAGAGGCAUGUCUGAAGACUGUGGCAAGCAAGGCCUCUCAAGAAUAUUGGGACACACUGACCGACCCUGGCACUUACCAUGUGGUACCUGACCUCGUCAGUUUUCACAUGCGCCUGCGCAAUAUACGUCAGGCACGAGCAUCGGCCCAAGCAGUCCAGCUGCUCAAAGAGCAGAUGAUCGCUCAAGGCAUAAAACCUCGACCAGCUACCUACCGAAUUGCAAUGAGCUCCUGUGUCCGUGAUAAAAACAACCACAACUCGAUGAGUCAUGCUACUCAGAUUCUGAACAUGAUGUUGGAGCUUCAGGAAGACGUGGAUGUCAAGACUACUAGCAUGUUUGCCGAAUUAGCUGUGACGUUCCCGCUCGCCAAAGCAUCAGAUCUCGUGGAUGCACUUACGAUUCUCCACCCCAUUGUACAGAACAUUCGCCUACAACUCAGUGUGGGCGGUCAAAUGCUUGGUAAGGAAGGGGUAGGUGCAGUAUACCUCACGGGCAUGGAACGACAAGAUGCGAUUACCGCACUGCGCAAGGUCCAUGGUGUGUACGAUCGAUUACUCUCCUCCAAUCUGAUCGAGGAGGGUCAGAAGGCGCCUUUUAAAGCGGAGAAAGCAAGACUUUCAGCCUUCAUCAGGAGAGUCAUGUACAAGGAUGGGAGCCAUCCAUCCCCGACAUCGAAAGCCGCGCUUGAUCGGGAACUGGGACCCGAGGAUACGAGUGAGCAUUCGAACCUGGCAGAUGGUGCGGAUGAUGAUGGAGAGAAGAAGACUGGGGGCUCUGAUCGUAAGGACUUGGAGCAGCCUGGGCCGCAGAGUUUUUGGCGGCCCAAUAAACCUGCUCGUUGGCGGGUGAAGCAGGAGGAGGUACAAUAG